GUUACAUUAAACUCUGAAUAUUUUGGACUUUUACACCAACACCUUGCUAUUCAUCCGCCCUAAGCUUACUUUACUGAACCAUAUCUCUGAUUCCCCCCCCCCUUCCUGGCAUAAACGAGCAAUGUCGUACCCCAAAGCCACUCCCACCCCAAUAAAGAUAAACACCAGAUGCUUGGCGUACCAUGGGCCGCUCCUUUACGAAGCCAAGGUGUUGAAACUCCACCAGGCUGACAAAACAUACAUCGAAACCAAGGAAGGCCAAACCCCCAUCGCAAAAUCAGACCUACCUCCCCAGUUCCACAAGCAGACGUCGUACUACCUCCACUACAACGGCUGGAAGAAAACCUGGGAUGAAUGGGUAGACACCACUCGGGUCUUGGAAAUUAACCCCGAAAACCUAGGGAUCCAGAAAGACUUGAGGAGAGCCGCCAUUGAAGCCGCCAGGGUGGAGAAGAGAUCCAAAACCGACUCAACCUCUGUUAGCAGUGCUGGUAGAGGCCUGAAGAGAGGCGCAUCCACUGGAAACAGCUCUGCUAAUGGCUCAGCCUCGUCUUCGCAGGAGCCUUCGAAGAAGCGUGCCAGAACGACUGCCGAUCCAACGCUAGAGACCGAAGAUGAGUUUUUGAAGAGACCGGAAGUCCAGAUCGCGGUCCCCAAUAAGAUCAAGAAGAUCUUGGUCGACGACUGGGAAAGUGUAACCAAGAACCACAAAUUGUUGCUCUUGCCCGCCGAACACUCCGUGGAUUCGAUCUUGACCGACUACAAGAACCACCAGAAAGAGAAGCUCGAGAAAGCGAGAAGAGGCAAGCAUGACCGGGCAAACACAAAUCCGCUCCUCGACUACGAUUUAAUCGAAGAGACGAUAUCUGGCCUCAAAUUAUACUUCAACAGGUCAAUAGGUGUUAUCUUGUUGUACCGGUUCGAGAGACAACUGUAUUUAAAAGAGUCCAAGAAGCUCCAGGGGAAGAAGAAAGGGACGGUGGCCAAGGAGUUCUCGUCGAUUUACGGCGGCGAGCAUUUGUUGAGAUUAUUGGUCUCCAUGCCUGGGCUCGUUGCGCAGACCUCGAUGGAUGCGCAAUCCAUCAGCAUUUUAGUCCGACACUUGGAGGACUUUUUGGAGUACUUGGAGUCCAGAGCCGGUGAUUACUUUGACCCGGCUCGGAACUACGAACAUGCAUCGCCUGCCUAUAUUGCCUUGGCCAAGGCUACUUGAAACGGCAAGUAUCAUCUCCCUGGACACGUGGGUUAGCUCCAAAACGCUGACAUAGUGGAUAAAUAUGAAUAAGCCAGAUUUAACUUGUCCGUAGUUCAGUAAACCCCAGCUUACAACGUUGCAUGAUCCAAUACUGUUAGCUUAAAAUAUCGUCCAAGCAGGGAUAUACUAAAGUACGCGAGAAACCACAAUAUCUAAAACUAAUAACCCCAACUUCCUCGCUUGCUAAACUGUCCAGCGGAGUGUCGACGCACUCGUGUGGGGUAAGCCAUGCAGUGCAUGACAACGGAAGCGUCCCCACCUCUCCCCAACGGAAUAUUGUCCGUGAGACCACGUAGAACUAUAACCUUCAUAAACAUUGC